AUGGGUGACACGAUUACACCCGGUUGCCUAAAGUUUGGGAAAGCUCGGUUCGUGUUGGAGGCUUCUGAAUUUGACUUCGCUCAAAAACGUGGUCUUUUGAAGAAAGAUGUCCCCGUUGAUAUGGCGGAUUCUAGUUCUCUGAAUUAUGACCGAGUGUAUAACAAACGCAAGAAUAUCGCCGACACGAAGUUUCCCUCUCAGCAAGCAGCUCAAGCAGCGUGGAAGACUUCUGCGAAGAAGCGGGGGUUUCAACUACAAAAACCCAAGUUCAAAUUGGAAAUUUGA